UAGGUAACUGAAACUAACGUUAGUAUGUGUGGGUCUGUUUCGAGUUCUGAACAAGCAGGACAAUUAACAAAUAAAAAGUGGGUUAAUUCUGAAAAAGUGGGUUACCGGUUAACAUCACAGAAAAUGUCAAAGAGCAUGCCAGUAUCAAAACAGAUCAACUCUGUCAAAGCUUUGGGAAAAGGUUCAAACCUCGAAAAGGCGAUAGCAACAGCUGCACUCGUGUUCUAUAACUCUGCAGGAGCAGAUGGGAGACUCACCAAAGGAGAAGCAAAAGAAAUGUUGCUGUCACAGUUUCAGGCAUUCAUACGGGGUCAGGAGGGAAAACCGAAAUACAAAGAGAUCUUUGCAGACCUCAGUGAAGAUAAAGAAAAGAAAAUCGCUCUUGAAGACUUCAUGGUUUUAGUAAUCAGUCUCACUAUUAUGUCUGACAUUUUGAAAGAUAUUCAGAAAGCCAAAAUAUAAUUAAGUUGCAGCCAUUUCCCAGUGAAUUGAUUUAAAAAAAAAUGAAAUGUGAAACAUUUUUUUCUACUGUAAGGAUUGCAAACCUUUUGCAGUGCAAUGAAUGGAUAAAUGUUCUGCAUAAAGUGGAAUGUUUUUCACUGAAAACCAUAAUUGUCACUUAGUCAUUUUACAUUAAACAGUUUUUGAUAAAUGUUAAAUACACAUUAGCCCAAAAAGGAUAAACAAAAGUAUCUGUUUACUCCAUGUGUCAUCUACAUAAAGGACUUACAGUACUGCUGAAGGCUGAAGGCAACCUAAGGAGAAAAUCAAGUUUAAACACUAAGAAAUCAAAAAAGGGUUUUAUUAUAUUUCGUAUUUUUGUAUUUUUGAAGUCUACUCUUUGUGGAGUAUUUUGGCUCCACUGCUAAACAAUGAAGAAAAAAGUAUUGAUCAUUUAAAUUUGUUAUCUUUGUAACUCAAUGAGUUCCACACAUUGGAACACACUGUAUGAUUAUAUAAAGAAUUUGUUUUGAAGUGUA